AUGAGCUUUGCCGACUUUGCCGGGACUGCGCCGCCGAUGACCGCGGGGCGCAGCAUCCCCGUGGCGAGCAUGAGCAAGUCGACGAGUGUGCAGGACAAGCUCAGCUCCAAGUUGGAUCAGUUCCAGCGGCAGGUGAUCGAGGUCAAGCGGCAGGCCGCGACGGUCUCAUCGUCGCUCGACGUCCAGCAAGACUUGGAAGACCGCAUCAAGUACGCCUGCCUCAUCCAGGACGAAAUCACAAAGCUCAUGCCGCAGUUGCCGCGGACAGCGGCUGGCGACGUGGGUCGGCGAAAGCUGCUCAAGGACUUUGACGCGACCUCGAGCCAGCUCGAGAAGGUCGUGCAGCAAGUGUCAAACGCGCAGAUGCGCCACGUGCACAACCUCGAGGCCGAGGCCGCUGCGUCCUCGGGCACCACGCUGCAUGCGUCCAUGAACGGCCAAGUCAUCGAGUUCAAGCAGCUCGACAACGAGAUUGCGCACAAUGAAGCGCUCAUUGAGGAGCGGGCAAGGGACAUUGACCGGAUCCAGCAGAGCGUCGUGCAGGUCAACGAGAUUUUCCGAGACCUUGCGGUCAUCGUCGGCGAGCAGCAGACCGCGAUCAACGACGCCCACACGCACGUCGAAGAGUCGCUCGCGCAGACGCAGCUCGGCCUCUCCGAAGUGAAGAAGGCGGCGGCUAGUCAAAGCAGUUGCGUCCUCAUGUAG